GAACAAGAACACCAGGUUUCCCUACAAAUCCCACAAUGCACCCUAAAACGCGGAACUUCACGAACUAUUUACUUUCGUUUUCAUUUUUUACGCUGACUCAUUUGUCCCUCGCUUCGUUGAAGAUUUGAAUUAUAACAGCGCGUAAAAAAAUUUUUGGUAGGUCUACUUAACUUCAAACAUAUUCCCGAACACUCAAUUUUAAGUGAGUUCAGAAGCGACAUGGCUGCGAUGGAUAUCUUCAACGAGUCGAAGCCGCAGAUGGACGGCUUCUCUAACAGUUUCACUAAGGAGGCAGAAGAUCUUGUCUCUACAUUUUUCCCCCAGAAGAUCGAAGAGCUGCAGCAGCUGCUGAAGACCGCUUUCAGUUCUGAUGACCUAGCAUCCCUGAAGGCACCGCUGGACAUUCCCAUCCCGGACCCGGUGAAGGAGGAGGCCAAACGCAAAAAGAUGGAGGAGGAGAAAAAGGAGCAGGGGGACAAAAAAGACAAAAAGGAGGACGAGGAGGAGUCUGGGCCUCCUUGCGGUCCUAUCUGCUGCAAUGAACGAGUGGAGACGCUCCUGAAGGAGGUCAAGCCCCAGAUACAGACACUCAAAGAGAAGAUCAACAUGCUGACCUUGUGGAUACAACUUCAAAUACCCAAAAUUGAAGACGGUGACAACUUUGGAGUGGCAGUGCAGGAAAAAGUGUUUGAGAUGCUAACAAGCUCACGCACCAAGAUAGAGGGAUUCCAAACUCAGAUGUCAAAAUAUUACAACGAGAGAGGCGACGCCGUCGCCAAAGCGUCAAAAACACCUCACGUGGGAGACUACCGGGAGUUGGUUCGCGAGCUGGACGAGAAUCAGUUCGUCGAGCUUCGCAUCAUGGUCCUGGACAUCUGCGCCACAUAUGCCGCGCUCUUCGACAUCAUCAGCAAGAACUACUCCAAGAUCAAGAGGCCCCGAGGAGACAGCAAAGCUCUCAUCUACUGACGUUGGAGCCCGGCAUGUGCGCAAAUUGCGACAUUUAAAAGCAGAGCCAUUCAACAUAUUGCAAUAGAACAGAACCCAUUUUGAAAUAAAGUUGGAACAUUCCUGCUA